UGUCCGGCGGCGGCCAUGGCGCUUGCUGAGGCGGGUUCCCGUGGGCGGCUGCUGCUCUGGCCCCGCGUCGUUCUCUUCGGAGACUCCAUCACUGAGUUCUCCUUCCAGGAAAAUGGCUGGGGGGCAUCCCUUGCCGAGAGACUGGUCAGAAAAUGUGAUGUUGUGAACCGUGGGAUAUCAGGGUACAACACCAGAUGGGCUAAAUUAAUCCUUCCGAGACUCAUCACUAAAAGUACGAGUGCUGAGAGUACUGCUGCGGUUACUAUUUUCUUUGGAGCUAAUGACAGUGCUUUGAAAGAUCUGAACCCUAAGCAACACGUUCCUUUGGAGGAAUAUGCUGCGAACUUAAAGAGCAUGAUACAGUAUCUGAAGUCAGUAGACAUUACAGAAGACAGGAUUAUUUUGAUAACGCCACCACCUCUUCAGGAAUCAGCUUGGGAGAAGGAGUGUCUUGCCAAAGGUGAGAAACUAAAUCGCCGCAACGCCACCACGGGGGAAUAUGCCCACGCUUGUGUUCAGGUCGCCAGGGACUGUGGGACGGAUGUACUCGACCUCUGGACUCUGAUGCAAAAAGAUCAGGAUUUUUCUUCCUAUCUGUCUGAUGGUCUUCAUUUAUCAACAAAAGGCAACAGCUUUCUAGCAGCACAGCUUUGGUCACGCCUGGAAAAUAAACUCUCUGUUCUUCCUUCACUGCUUCCUUACUGGCGUGACGUGGACCACACGAACCCCGAGGCCAGUCUUCUGUGAGACCCCGGCGGUAAGGAGCUGAAGCAGCCAGGCCUGACCAAGUCAGGCUGUUCAUGAACAGCCGGUGCCCAGCAACACCCUGCGGACAUUGUGUACCUGGGGAGUGGGUCCCUGUCUCUUCAUCUGAGGGAGAAGAAAGAGGCGCCCACACAGGGCGUGUCAUGGGCUGGUUUGGCUGCAGGCAGCUUGUGCCAGUAGCUUGAACGUCGGGGGGAUGAGCAGCUCUUUCCUUGGAAGACUCAGAGGAAAAUGAGUCUCAGCCGCCCUGAGACGAAGAGACAGAGGCUGCCUGGAGGCGUUCUUGGCCUAGCUGAGUUUUGGGGACUACACUUGGAUUAAAACCAUCUACUAGCUUUAAACACCUAGGAGCUGGUAAGAGGCAGUAGCCUGGAUUUUGUCAAGAGCCAUUAAUGUCAGUUCAGUUUAGUUUAUUGAGAUGUAAUACAUCAGUAAAAGCCCUUAUUUGAGCUUUAGCGAGGCUUUUGUUAGCAGUACAUCGUAGUUCAGAGCAGGGGUUUUAAAGUUUAAAACUUAUUUUGGCACCAGCAGCAGCUUCUUUACACGUGGCUCCUGCACACAGACACACAUUUCAAAGCAGUGCAUGUUCUGGGGUGGCAUAAAACUGGUGAUGCACAGGCUCAUGGGGAGAAGCUUGGAGUUUGAAGAAACUACUUAAAGGGGUCUGCAGCUCUGCCAUCUGUCACUUGCCAUCGAGUUAAGGAGACUUUGAAGUGAGCAUUGGUAUUCAUCCAUAAUGCAAUGACUGAAGUAACAGACAACUACUGCAUACUAUGCAUAGGUUUUGGCCAAGAGAACACAAGCUACAAAAUUACCUUAACAAAGUGCAAAAAAUUGCUUGAAACCUAGAUGAAAUUCAACCAGCAUGGGAAAAAAAAAAAAUGGUUUGGGAAAUAAUCGGCUAGCCA